GCCAGGACGGAGGCCCCAGGAAACACCAGCGGCAGCUCGGCCGCUUUCUCCUCCUCCUCCUCCCCUUCUCCAUCCCCGCCGCAGUCGCUCACCUUGCUGGUGAUGCAGCCCUGCGGCGGGGACGGAGAGGCGGUGGGCGCCAUGCUGCAGCCUCAGGUGGUGCAGCCCGCGCAGGCUGUCUCCAAGGCGCCGUCCGCCCAAGGCGGCCUCAUGCUCUUCUACGAGCUCGGCCCCGCGGGAGACGCCGAAGGGGACAGCGAAGGCGGCGCCGGGGCCACGGGCGCGGACGGGGCGUGCAGUCCUGCUGGCGGCCUGGAUGACCUGGACGACGAGGACGAGAGUGGCGCCCAGUCGGGGGGAGGCGGAGGCGGCGGAUGCAAAAACUGCACCUACGAGGGUUGCAACGAGACCACCACCCAGGUGGCCAAGCAGCGCAAGCCGUGGAUGUGCAAGAGGCACCGCAACAAGAUGUACAAGGAUAAGUACAAGCGCAAGAAGAGCGACCAGGCCCUCGGCAGCGGCGGCGGUACAGGCGGUGCCGGCGGAGGAGGAAACGCCCCCUGCUCGGCUACCGCGGUUGUAGCAGCGGCGGCGGCGGCGGCUGGAGCUGCCCUUUCGGGGAGCGGUGGGCGAAUUGAG